UUCCAGGCAGGACUGCGCCGUCAGGUCGAGCCCUGGGCGGACGGUUCAGUGGAAGUCUCGCCAAGAGGCCGAGAUGUCGUUGCUGCUGCCGCUGCCCACGAUGCGCCGCGUCCUGCUCGCCCGUCCCUGGAGGGGGGCCGGGCUGCAGUGGAAGCACAUGUACUCCCUGCAGGUGGCCAACGAGCCCAUCCUGGCGUUCACCAGGGGGAGCCCUGAACGUGAUGCCGUACAGAAGGCCUUGUCAGCCCUCAAGAGCCAGACAGAAGCCAUCCCAUGCGUGGUGGGCGAUGAGGAAGUGUGGACGUCGGAUGUGCAGUACCAGCUGUCGCCCUUCAACCACAGACACAAGGUGGCCAAGUUCUGUUAUGCAGACAAGGCCCUGCUCAACAAGGCCAUUGAGGCCUCCUUGGCCGCCAGGAAGGAGUGGGACCUGAAACCUGUGGCUGACCGGGCCCAGAUCUUCCUGAAGGCAGCCGAUAUUCUGAGCGGGCCACGCAGGGCAGAGGUCCUGGCCAAGACCAUUGUGGGGCAGGGGAAGACCGUGAUCCAGGCAGAGAUCGACGCUGUGGCCGAGCUCACCGACUUCUUCCGCUUCAAUGCCAAGUUCGCGCUGGAGUUGGAAGGGGAGCAGCCCAUCAGCCUGCCGCCCAGCACCAACAGCGUGGUGUACCGGGGCAUGGAGGGCUUUGUGGCGGCCAUCUCACCCUUCAACUUCACUGCGAUCGGCGGCAACCUGGCGGGCGCACCGGCUUUGAUGGGCAACGUGGUCCUGUGGAAGCCCAGUGACACAGCCAUGCUGGCCAGCUAUGCCGUCUACCGCGUCCUCCGCGAGGCUGGCCUGCCCCCCAACAUCAUCCAGUUCGUGCCAGCUGACGGGCCCAUGUUCGGGGACAUUGUCACCAGCUCAGAACACCUGUGUGGCAUUAAUUUCACAGGCAGUGUACAAACCUUCAAACGCCUGUGGAAGCAGGUGGCUCUGAACAUAGACCGGUACCGCACCUUCCCACGCCUGGCUGGAGAAUGCGGCGGGAAGAACUUCCACUUCGUGCAUAGCUCGGCCGACGUGGACAGCGUGGUGAGCGGGACCCUGCGCUCCGCCUUCGAGUACGCCGGCCAGAAGUGCUCGGCCUGCUCGCGCCUCUACGUGCCUGCCUCGCUCUGGCCGCAGAUCAAAGGGCGGCUGCUGGAGGAGCACAGCAGGAUCAAAGUGGGCAACCCCGCAGAGGAUUUUGGGACCUUCUUCUCGGCUGUGAUCGAUGCCAAGUCCUUUGGCCGCAUCAAGAAGUGGCUGGAUCAUGCGCGCUCCUCGCCCAACCUCACCAUCCUGGCAGGGGGCAAGUGUGAUGACUCUGUGGGCUACUUCGUAGAGCCGUGCAUCGUGGAGAGCAAGAACCCUCAGGACCCCAUCAUGAAGGAGGAGAUCUUCGGACCUGUGCUGACCGUGUAUGUCUACCCAGAUGACAAGUACAAGGAGACGCUGCGACUGGUGGAUGGCACUACCAGCUUUGGCCUCACGGGGGCAGUGUUUGCCCAGGAUAAGAAAGUCAUUCAGGAGGCCACAGAGAUGCUGAGACACGCUGCCGGCAACUUCUACAUCAACGACAAGUCUACUGGCUCCGUGGUGGGCCAGCAGCCCUUUGGGGGUUCCCGGGCCUCAGGAACCAAUGACAAGCCAGGGGGCCCCCACUAUGUCCUGCGCUGGACAUCACCCCAGGUCAUCAAGGAGACCCACCAGCCACUGGGGGAUUGGCGCUACGCGUACAUGCAGUGAGCUCCAUCUAGACCUCCGUUGCUACCUACCUGCCCGUCCAUCUGUCCAGACUACUGAUCCACUGCACUGGCCCCGCCGAGCCCCUGCCCCAGCCCCCCUCGCCCCGAACCAA